GGAGCCACUGUUUUUCAAACGUAGCAUAAACAUAGAAGUUAUUUUGUAGGCUUCAGGAUGCAGAUAUGGGUUGUGCUGCCAGCAUUGUUCUGCUUCAAGCCUUUCGUUCUGUGGUACAGAGGAACUGUCCACAUAUUUGUAGACGACGACAAGAGGAAUUGUCACAUGAAAUUCUGCCACUGGAUAGUGAUGAUGAAAUGAGCAGACCCAGAACUCUCAUCAUAAUGCAGGAUAAACCCAAAUUUUUGGAGCCUUUGGAUUAUGAAGCUGUCAUCACAGAGAUUGAAAGAAACUUUGAGGAUUAUCCUCUAAAAGAUCUCCUGUUUUUCCCCAAUGAUGACUUUUCAAUAGAUACAAUUCCAUGGGAAAUAAGGACACUCUCCCUGUCUGUACCUGAAGAUGCAGUACAAAAAGCAGAAAACUUAUUUGUUAAAGAGGCUUGUAAAUAUUACAGUUCCCAGUGGCAUGUUGUGAACUACAAAUAUGAACAAUAUUCAGGAGAUUUUCGACAUUUACCACAAAAUGAAUGUAGACCAGAGAAAUUGCCCUCACAUUCCUUUGAAAUUGAUCAUGAAGAUAUUGAUAAGGAUGAAGAUACAACAUCCCACUCCUCUUCAAAGGGUGGUGGUGGAGGUGGAGGAUUCGGGACAGGUGUUUUCAAAUCUGGCUGGCUUUAUAAAGGAAAUUUUAACAGCACCAUAAACAACAGCAUUACUGUUCGGUCAUUCAAAAAGCGCUACUUUCAGCUGACACAGUUAUCGGAUAACUCAUACAUCAUGAAUUUUUAUAAAGAUGAGAAAAUAUCAAAGGAACCGAAGGGCUGCAUUUUUUUGGAUUCCUGUACAGGGGUUGUGCAGAAUAACAGGCUUAGGAAGCAUGCCUUUGAACUAAAAAUGAAUGACCUGACGUACUUUGUGCUAGCAGCUGAAAAUGAGCAGGAUAUGGAUGACUGGAUAUCCACUCUCAACAAAAUCUUGCAAAUAAAUCCAGAGGGGUCCAUUCAGGAGAGGAAAAGCGCAGAUCUCACUGAUCUGAAACUUGAGUCUGCAGAUGUUUCAAUAAAUUCUGAAUGCCAACAAGAAGAGACAGAUCUGUUGGAGAAUACCUCUCAUCCAGACUUCAUAAAAUAUAUCAUGGAGACUGAAGAAACUGUGAAAACAUCUCGACAUGUGGAGCGGCUAAAUCUGUUCUCCCUGGAUCCUGAUGUAACUACCUUGAAUCCUCAAAAAAAGGAGUUUCUAGAAACAGAAUUGAUGAUCAAACCAUUUGAGGAAAAGGCUGCAAAGAGGAUCAUGAUAACUUGCAAAUCUCUCAUUUUGAAUCUUCAAGCUUGUGUUACUGAAAAUGAAAGUGAUCCUGUAACUAAUGUAGAACCUUUCUUUGUGAGCGUGGCUCUAUUUGAUAUCAGGGACAACAGGAAAAUCUCUGCUGAUUUUCAUGUGGAUAUGAACCACAUGCUUGUUAGACAAAUGAUUUCAACUUCCUCGCCUUCUUUGGAGAAUGGCACUAUUGAAAAUAUGGACUCAAAAGAAACAGAAGAGCCACAAAUCAAGGGAUUUCCACAAGAAUGGCUGAAAUAUCCAAAACAGGCUCUCUUCUCUAUAAGUAACCCCCACUCAGAGAUUGUGUUGGUGGCAAAAAUAGAAAAGAUACUCAUGGGAAAUAUUGCUAGCAGUGCUGAGCCUUACAUUAAGAAUCCAGACUCUAAUAAGUGUGCACAGAAGGUGUUAAAAUCCAACAAGCAGUUCUGUAGCAAGCUGGGGAAGUACCGUAUGCCGUUUGCUUGGUCAGUGAGACCUGUGUUUAAGGAUAAUCAGGGAAAUGUUGACAGAGACUCCCGAUUCUCACCUUUGUUCAGGCAGGAAAGUAGUAAGAUUUCAACUGAAGACUUGAUUAAACUAAUAGCAGAAUAUAAAAGAGCAGAGAAGAUCAGCAAAAUACAGACGAUACCUGGCAGUCUAGACAUUGCAGUAGAUUGUGUCCCUUUGGAACACCCAAAUUGUGUAACAUCAUCUUUUAUUCCAAUCAAGCCAUUUAAUGAUAUAAAGGAGCAUCAACCUACAGUGGAAGUGGAGGAAUUUGUACAAGAAUCAACAAAAUAUUCUCGGCCUUAUAGGGUGUAUAAGAACCAAAUAUACAUCUAUCCAAAACAUCUCAAGUAUGAUAGCCAAAAAUGCUUCAGUAAGGCAAGGAAUAUAACAGUGUGUAUUGAGUUUAAGAGUUCAGAUGAAGAAGGAGCCAGGCCACUGAAGUGUAUUUAUGGGAAACCUGGAGGGCCGUUAUUUACAAGAGCAGCCUAUACCGCCGUGCUGCAUCAUUCACAGAAUCCUGAUUUCUAUGAUGAGGUGAAAAUUGAACUUCCCACCCAGCUCCAUACGAAACACCACAUUCUGUUUUCAUUUUAUCAUGUUACCUGUGACAUAAAUGCAAAAGCUAAUGCCAAAAAGAAAGAGGCUCUGGAAACACCAGUUGGAUACGCGUGGCUUCCUUUAUUGAAAGAUGCCCAGUUAGCUUCUCAAGAACAUAACAUUCCAGUGGCAGCCAGUUUGCCUCCCAGUUACUUAAGCCUUCAAGAUCCCGCAAGUGGAAAGCACUGUGCAAGUGACAUAAAGUGGGUAGACAGUGGCAAGCCACUUUUCAAAGUGUCUUCAUUUGUUGUAUCAACGGUAAAUACUCAGGAUCCAUAUCUGAAUAACUUUUUCCAGCAGUGCCAAAAAAGGGAAAAGGAUCUCUCCAACCCUCCUACCUCAAACUUUAUCAUCUCCUGUAAGAAUUUGCUGAAAAUUGAGAAGAUCCAUGCAAUUAUGAAUUUUCUUCCUGUGAUCUUGAAUCAACUCUUCUCAGUUCUGGUACAAAAUGAUGUGGAUGAGGUUAAAACUGCUGUGACCAGGGUUCUCACGGACAUUGUUGCCAAGUGUCAUGAAGAACAACUAGAGCAUUGUGUCCAUUCUUAUGUAAAGUACGUGUUCAGAACCAAGUCAUCCGAAGAAAGGACUGUUCAUGAGGAGCUAGCCAAGAAUAUGACUGGCCUUUUGAAAUCAAAUGACCAAUUAACAGUGAAACAUGUCUUAAAGCACUCCUGGUUCUUCCUGACAAUUAUUUUAAAAUCAAUGGCCCAGCACUUGGUUGAUACAAGCAGGAUACAGGUUCCUCGAAUUCAGAGAUUUCCAGAAUCAUUCCAAACUGAACUGGACACACUUAUAAUGAACUUGGCAGACCAUGUUGUUUGGAAACACAGAGAUGCUCUUGAAGAAACAAAAAAUGCAAACCACAGUGUUGCCAGAUUUCUCAAGCGCUGUUUUACGUUUAUGGAUCGUGGUUUUGUGUUCAAGAUGAUCAACAGCUAUAUAAGCAUGUUUGGAGCAGGAGUUCCCAAGGUUUUGUAUCAGUACAAAUUUGAUUUUCUUCAAGAAGUUUGCCAUCAUGAACACUUUAUUCCUUUGUGCCUGCCCAUACGAUCUGUACACAUUCCAGACCCCAUGACGCCUUCAGAAUCAACGCAGGAAUAUCAUGCAUCAGAUAUUCCAGAAUACACCCUGACCAAUGAAUUCUGUCGCAAACAUUUCUUAAUUGGAUUGCUGCUCCGAGAGGUUGGCUUUGCGCUUCAAGAAGACCAGGAUAUUAGGCACCUAGCUUUGGCUGUACUUAAAAACCUAAUGGCAAAACAUUCCUUUGAUGAUCGAUAUGCAGAGCCGGAGAAGCAGGCACAAAUAGCAAACCUGUACAUGCCACUCUAUGGCAUGCUUCUGGACAACAUGCCGAGGAUUUACAUGAAGGAUAUGUUUCUUUUCAAUAUAAAUACAUCCAACCAGGGAUCUAGGGAUGAUUUGAGCACUGCUGGAGGAUUUCCGAAUCAGACAGCUAUGAAACAUGCAAACUCUGUGGAUACAUCCUUUUCCAAAGAUGUCCUGAACUCUAUAGCAGCCUUUUCAUCAAUAGCUAUCUCUGCAGCAAACCAUGCUGACUCCAGAGCUUCCUUAGCAAGUCUUGACUCUAACCCAAGUACCAAUGAAAAAAACAGUGAGAGAACUGACACCUGUGAAAAGAUUGUGAGACCUUUAUCUUUGAUUGGAUCAACUUUGCGGUUUGACAAGUUAGAUCAAGCAGAAACGAGAAGCCUUCUCAUGUGUUUCCUUCACAUUAUGAAAACAAUUUCAGAAGAAACACUGAUUUCCUAUUGGCAGAGAGCUCCACUCACAGAGAUAACAGACUUUUUCAGCAUUUUAGAAGUUUGCCUGCAGAAUUUUAGAUAUCUAGGAAAACGCAAUAUAGUAAGGAAAAUUGCUGCUGCAUUUAAAUUUGUUCAGGCCACCCAGAAUAAUGGAACACUUAAGGGGUCUAACUCAUCAUGCCAGACAUCUGGUCUCCUGUCACAAUGGAUGCAUUCUGCUUCAAGUCACGAUGGCCACAAACAACACAGAUCUCAAACAUUACCAAUAAUCCGUGGCAAAAAUGCAUUUUCCAACCCCAAAUUGCUGCAAAUGAUAGAGAAUACCAUUGCAAGUGGCUCCAGUGAAACAGACAUUGCUCAUUAUGUAGACACAGAAGCAAAUAUUGCCACAGAGGUUUGCGUCACCAUUCUUGACUUAUUGGGUCUCUUCACUCAGAACCACCAGAGACAGCUCCAGCAAUCUGAUUGUCAGAAUGCACUGAUGAAAAAGGUCUUUGAUACCUAUCUCCUUUUUCUGCAAAUCAACCAGUCUGCAGUAGCCCUCAAGCAUGUCUUUGCUGCCUUACGGCUGUUUGUGAGCAAGUUCCCAUCUGCAUUCUUUCAAGGGCAGGCAGACCUGUGUGGAUCAUUCUGCUAUGAAAUUCUGAAGUGCUGCAACCAUCGGUCACGAUCAACUCAGACGGAGGCAUCUGCUCUUCUUUAUUUUUUCAUGAGGAAGAACUUUGAAUUUAACAAGCAGAAGUCAAUAGUCAGAUCCCAUCUACAGCUCAUCAAAGCUGUAAGCCAGCUGAUUGCAGAUGCAGGGAUUGGAGGGUCUCGGUUUCAGCAUUCGCUUGCUAUUAUAAAUAAUUUUGCAAAUGGAGACAAGCAGAUGAAAAACAGUAACUUUCCAGCAGAAGUAAAGGACCUGACCAAACGCAUCAGGACAGUUUUAAUGGCGACAGCUCAGAUGAAGGAACAUGAGAAGGACCCAGAGAUGCUUGUGGAUCUACAGUACAGCUUAGCAAACUCCUAUGCCAGCACACCUGAAUUGCGUAGGACUUGGCUUGAAAGCAUGGCCAAGAUUCAUGUUAGAAAUGGAGAUUUGUCAGAGGCUGCUAUGUGCUAUAUCCAUAUUGCUGCCCUCAUUGCAGAAUACCUGAAAAGAAAGGGUUACUGGAAAAUGGAAAAGAUUUGCACUUCACGUAUGCUCCUGGAAGAUGCUCAAGUCUCUGAUAGUAAUCUGUUACUAACAACUCACACUGGAGGAAGCUUAUUUUCCAUGGGAUGGCCAGCUUUUCUAAACAUAACCCCAAAUAUCAAAGAAGAAGGAGCUAUGAAGGAAGAUUCUGGAAUGCAAGAUACUCCAUACAAUGAGGGCAUCCUUGUGGAGCAGCUGGAGUUAUGUGUAGAAUACCUGUGGAAAUCUGAAAGAUAUGAACUCAUUGCUGAGGUUAACAAGCCUAUCAUUGCUGUGUUUGAGAAACAAAGAAACUUUAAAAAACUGUCAGAACUGUACUAUGACAUUCAUCGAUCCUACCUGAAGGUCACAGAAGUAGUGAAUUCUGAGAAACGUUUGUUUGGAAGAUAUUACCGUGUAGCAUUUUAUGGACAGGCUGUGGAGAAAAAUCUGGAGUUGGACCUGACCAUUCCCAGUUCUUCAUGCACAGGCCAGGAUUCUGUAUGGCGUUCUGCAAGUCCAGUGCAGCUGACACUUUCUCUGCACUUUCCAGUCUGCACUGGUGCUUUGUCUUGUGCAGGCUGGCCUGCACAAAAGUUGCUGAAGGAUGCUGCUUCUCAAAGCUUGUACUACUUUCCAGCUAAGAUUUUGAAGAUUGUCUCCUCCUCUAGCACUUGUUUUGAGAGACUGGACUGCUCAAGUGAGGAAACUGAAGCUGAUGGAAUCCAAGGUCUAAUUCCUUGUGGAGGUUAGAUGCCAAGCCUUCCCAGUGCCAGGGCAACUGUCAGACUCCUUAUGUCUGUCAAUACCUUUUGAAGGAAACAAAAAAUAAAAUAGCAAUUUCUGUUAUUGGGGCAAGUGAUGAAGUCAAAGGUGGGAAGGAAAGCUUCAUUCUAUCAAAACUGUUUUAAAUGACUUAAGUGCCUGGCUCCUCCAAAUCUUGGUAAUGACUGUAUUAUAGAUGCAUAGAGGGAUUCUCUUGCUCUUUUCUUAGACCUGGUUCAAUACUUACUAGGAUUAUUUACCAGUAACCCCUCCAUAGAUACUAGUCAUUUGGCUGCUGACUCUGUAAUGGUUCAGUGAAUUAUUUAACAGAGAAAUCCCAGACCUCAAGUAUCUUUAUACUGCUCAGUAAAUCCAUUUUAAAUUCCAUUCUGUUCAUUCACUUUUUAAAAGAAAGGCAGAAUUAUGCUGUCUGAAUUAUGCAGUACAACAAGGAUUACAUACAGCUGUUAGAGAGUGUGGAUUUAGAUUAUUUUUUACCCUUAUAUGUGUGAACAGCCUAAAAGGGCAUUAUAAAUUUCAUGAGACUCACACAAGGUCCAGUCACAAUCAGGCUAGUACAGGGAAUGUUCCUCCUAUGUGUCCUAAAACAAAUGAGGCUGUGCCCAUCCCCAUGGAUGCCCUGUAGAGUGGCCUGGAUAUAUAAUGAGCAAAGCAGCCUAUACCAUCUCGAAGUAAAAGUCAAAAUCUGAACCUCAGAGAAGGAAAAUUACAUUAAUUUUGUUUCCUGCCAGGCUUCAGGGUAGUAUUCACUUCUUAACACCACGUUUAUCUGGGAGAUCAAUAUGCAGUUUUGCCUAUUACCAUUAUAUGCUUACGUUGUAGUGUUGCCUACAAACUCCAAUCAGAGUCUGAACUACACUGGGCUCAGUACUAUACAAACACCCAUGAAUCUCCUCAAAAGGGUCUAUACUCUAAAUAGAUGAGAUAGAAAGUACGAGACAAAAUGGAGGCAAAGCGAGUUUGCCAAAGUCGCAUAGGUUUGGGGCAGAGCCAGGAGAAUAUUUGAGUGGAAGAUAUCUGAUUCUCCUUUGAAACCACAGCCUGAAUGUAUUCAGAGAAUAAUUUUGCACCCUAGAGGCCAGUGGGACAUGAGGGCACUUGGCAUCUUACAGAUGACACUCAUCAUCUGGUAGGAUCAAACCAUUUCUAUCCCCCAACUGCAGUGGUCAUGCUGGGGCCUUGUCAGAGUGCCGCUGCUCCAGAAUAUCUGGCUGAUGCCAUAGUCCAUGGGGAUACUUCAACCAUUUCAUCCAGCCAAAUUUAGAAAUGCAGCCAGAUGUUUUUGGGCCACAUGGCCUGUUUCACAGGCCAGUACACAACAGAAGCUGGGCCAUGAUCUGCCACAGCCCAGGUCCUCUGGAACAAUGGGCUUCCCCAGGAAAACGUAGAAGGGAGUAGUCCUGCAUUCCCUGCAACUGUAACUCUUCCUUGCAGAAGUGUAUGAGGAAAGAAAAGCUCCGUGAGCUUUCCAUGCACUGCACAGACAUUCUAAGGUCAGUUAAAAUCUGAUCCUAAAUGAAUGAGGGUUUACUGGAAACCAUUAUCCUAACAUGCUGAGAGUGCCUGUAUAUGUCAUUAUAUUCUACUGACCACCACAAUGUUUUUCAUCCCUAAGCUUACACCCUUCUUGUAAACCAGUCAUAGGCAACAUGAGAACAAACGAUUGCUGUGAAUUGAGAAUGGGACCUGAGAUGCUUAAUAUUUUAAAAUCCCUAAACUCAAGGAUAUUUGACCCCCAAAAAUAUUUUAUCUGAUGCUUAAUGAUCUUUUAAACAUCUGACAUAUGGCAGACAGGAUUAUUAUGUAGUUUUCAAUUAACUACUACUUAUCACUUAUCAUUUGAAAUGCCAUAGAGACCAUUCUUUCAAGUAAUGCCUCCUUCAUUAAAGACUAUUGGAAAUGUAUCAGUUCUAGGUUAAUCAUUUUGGUAAGAUGAAAGAUAUCAUCUUAAUAUGUCAUAUUACAUCAACACAGAAAGUUAACAGUUCCCAUGUAAACACUGUGCUCUUGCUAGCAAACAUGUAUAGUGUUGACAUCUAAGCUGAUAUGCUGUCCCAGUUCAGAGUAAGAUUAUUUUAGAGACUAUAUCUUUUCAAAAUUCAAUGUUUACAUAAGGCAGAUGGUUUUGAUUGAAACAAUCCUGAUUAGUGUUUAGUUGAGGUUGUAUAGAAGUAUAGGAACUUUUCCCUCUGUUCCCACAAAGUGGUUUUGCAUUAGGAUAAUUUAGAGAGAGUUUAGAAAUUAGUUUAUGAUUCUGCAAAUCCUUUCACACAAUUAAUUGCUCAUUCAAGUAAGAGUUUACAAGAUAUUCACUUCUCAGAUAUAAAUUUGUCUGUAAAGUUCCUUGUUUGGCAAUGGAACUUUAUUAAUAUUAUUAACAAGAGUGCUCUCUGGGGAGAUCAUUGAGACUCAGUAACUAAUUGUGUGUUCUUCAUUAAUGAAAAGGGGACAUUUGGGAGCUAUAGCUUCAGUAUUUGCAUCACCAAGUUCUAUCAACAGGGUAUGAAAUCCUGCAAAUGAAACCCAGAAGUGUAAAUAUUGUCAGAGGUAAAGUCCCAUUACUGUUAAUAGUGAUAUGUUCCAUUCAGCCAUAAAAAUUUACCCCAAAAUGUUUGCAUAAUUACAUAUUGCGUUUGUGUUUGUUUCACAUGAAGCUGAUGUAUUGUAUACAUUCAUUUUCUGAGAUUUACAUUUCUUAUGGAAACUGCCAGGUGGAAACUUGCCUUGCAUUUUAACAGACAUUUUUAUUUAGACACUCUCAGCUACUUCCACUAUUGCAAGUAAAUGGCUUUGCUAAGACUGUAGAUCUUAUAAAAGACUAUAGUUUAUGCUUUUCCAUCUUUUCAAAUGUAAAUUAUGUUACAUACAAAAACUAGAACUCUUGGUUCCAAAAUGAUACCUUUUAUUAGACCAACUGGGAAAUCACAAGAAAAGUGGCCUUUUCUGCAAGCUUUCAGGAUCAAAGUCCCUUCAUCAGGCUCUGGGAAAAGUAUAGAUGGUACAAGAUAUUACAUUGUCUUUAAAGAUACUGCAAUUUGUUAUUGGCUUUCAAAGUUAUUGAAGAAUAUUCUGUUUAUUUGAAUGAGAUACAGAUCAGUUUAUUUGAAGUUGCUCUACAUGUUAAAUCUUCUGCUCAGGUUGCUUGAAGGACUUGGGCUGAAUGAUAACAGUUUUUCAUGUGAAUGCAAGAACUACCACUAUUUUGCAGUCAUCUGCAAAUUAUACCUACUAUGUACCACACGAUGGCACUCUCUUCACAUAUCUAAAUAAAAGCAGGCAAACAAGUAGAAAACUAAUAACCAUCGUAUUUCACAAAUAGCUGUAUCAAGCUAAUUACAAUUUUAAUUAAUUAUAUCUCUAAUAUGGAAUGCAUUUGAUAUUUUGGAUUCCUUCAUCAGUCUCAUAGUGUAGUAUUCAGAAAAAUAAUCAAUGAGUUGUGCAUUUAAACAGUUAGAUGCAUUACACUGGUAUGUCUAUACCUGUUGUUUACCGUUUACAUUUAAUUUACCAUACCUGCUACACUGAUUAAUUGUUUCCUC